AUGUCGAAUAACGUGGAGAAGACAACUGUUGUCCCGGAUGAUGAUGAGCCGGAUGAUUGGGACAAGCGGAUCUUCAGCACAGGGUGUCAUACUGAGCAGGAUAAGAUGAAUGACUGCUACUACGCAAAGAAGGACUGGCGUGAAUGCAAAAAAGAGAUGGAAGCUUUCCGCGAGUGCUGGAAGCGCCAGGGCAACGACCAGCGAACGCAGACCAAAGACGCAUAA